ACAAAAAUUACGAUAUUUUUUAAUGUCAAAUAUAAUUUACAUUACCUCCGGUUAAAUGUUAAAACAAUAGAAACAAAACGUUCUUUAAGUUAUAUGCGGCACUUUCAAACGGCAGUCACAUCACAAGGGACGUUCAAUCAUAAAGCAAGAUAUAAUCAACGAUCGUUUGCUUUAAUCAGUUGGACGCUGACCGCUCCCAAUAUCGCACGGCCUCCGUACUUUCUCGAUAUCGUAUUACGAAACGUUCGAGGCCUUAUGGACAACUAUGAAAUACUCGAUUUUAAAUCCUUAAAUGAGACAGUACAAGAUUUAAUUCGUCAAGCAACUAACGUGAGGAAAUAUGCUUAUUGUCCGUACUCUAACUUCGCUGUAGGCGCUGCAAUAUUGACAGAAGAGGACUCUAAAGUGUACACAGGUUGUAAUAUAGAGAGUGCAACGUUCACCCCAUGCAUAUGCGCUGAACGAGCGGCCAUACCUAAGGCAAUAUGCGAUGGUUACUUGAAGAUCAAAAUGGUGGCAGUCGUGGCCCAUCAAAAAAGCGGAUUCACAGCACCUUGCGGAGUCUGCAGACAGACGUUAAGCGAAUUCCGAAGCAGUGAUGGUGAUAUAGAAAUAUACUUAAGCAAGCCCGCAAUGGACAAAGUAUUGCGUACAAAGUUAUCAAAGUUGUUACCGCUUGCGUUUGUAAGUUACAUCACAGACAAUGUCAUCGAUAAUGAUAAUAGUUAGCUAUAACAUAUAUGUACUAGGAAAAUAUAACAAAUAAGGAAUAAGACGGUAAAUAUAUUUUAUUUUCAUAAAUACGCUUUUAUACGAAAUGUAAGAUAUCAUUUUUGAUAUAAAAAUUGAAUAGUAAAUAAUGAGUUUAAAUUCAAAUAUCGCAAUUUACUAUGCUAAGUAAUGUUUACGACAUACUUAUAACAUGAAGUAAACAUUUCACAUCCGAAAAUUAAAUUAUGGUAAACAAUACUUUUCACAAUAAAGUACAUACUCUUAGAAGUUUCACACGGAUGUCUUUAACAAUUAGUAUUGUCUUCGCGGGGAAGUCCUGUUAUCAAAUAUCCUGUACGUUAGACACGUUGUUUUAAAUUAACAAUAAAACUAUAACAAUAGAAAUUAAUCUAGACACUAUAAAGAUUAAAAGGUCCCUCUUUCGUUUUUAUAAAGAACGCUAAAUAUACAAGAAGUCGUAUUUUGAAGCCCAAUUUUGUUAGAUAUUAAUUCUUUGCAAACGAUUCUUGUAGUAUCUUUCUUGGCGUGUUACCUUUUUAUGAACGUGAUACUUCUCUGCCGUCUGUUAGCGGUUUACAACAAGUCUUUGUUUAUAUUUAACAAGAAGAAAAACACAAUAUCGAUAUUUUUUACUUUCUUUUAUUAAUUUGUACAGACUUUUUGCUAGUAUUACAAUAAGUUUCAUCGAAAAGCUUGUACAAAAAAGGUUUAUCUCUGUUUUUAUAUCAAAGAGAGUAAUAAGGAACCAUCCUUCCAUCCUAGGUACCAACCUAGUAUGUUUUUGUACAAAUGUUUUCACAAUGGAAACUUAGGGUUAUAAUGUUUUUUUAUUUUGCAAGGUUUCAUGGUAUAAAAUGUAACAAUUUUAUAUAGUUAACGUUUUUAUCAACAAAGAGAAGAGAAAAGUGUUAACAUACAAAAUAUUUUAAGUAGAAAGUUGAUUAACAUUAAUUACGAGUUACAUUUAAAUAUUAAAUAUGUAUAUAUGUUCUAUACUAAGAUAUAUUUACAAUAAUUAAAUAGGAAAGCAACUACUAAUAUGAAUUAGGAAAGCGAGGAAAACAUUUAAUAGUUUUAGAAUCAAUAAAUCUUAAUGUAAACAAAAUAAAAACUACGGUUUCGUUAGAACUAUAAUUAGUUUACCAGUCAA